AUGAGCGACGCUGAAGACGAAGGAGUGCCUAACAUCUCUUUAAAGGUAAAGACGACAACAGCUGCAUAUGAUGUGCAAGUCAAGGAGGAUGCAACAGUGUCUGAUGUGAGUUGACC